GACACAAGAACCAUGGUGGAGCCCCAGAAUCCCAGGAAAAGGCUGGGAAUGAGCCCCGGAGUGCAGCCCCCUGCCCAGGGAGCGUCACCCGGAGCGGGAAACACGGGAAUGGCUCCAGCCAGGGAGCCGUUAUCAAUGGGAUAUCUGUAUGGAUCAAUGGGGUAUCUGUGUGGAUCAAUGGGAUAUCUGUGUGGAUCAAUGGGGUAUCUGUGUGGAUCAAUGGGGUAUCUGUGUGGAUCAAUGGGGUAUCUGUGUGGAUCAAUGGGAUAUCUGUGUGGAUCAAUGGGAUCAAUGGGAUAUCUGUGUGGAUCAAUGGGAUAUCGGUGUGGAUCAAUGGGAUAUCGGUGUGGAUCAAUGGGAUAUCUGUGUGGAUCAAUGGGAUAUCUGUGUGGAUCAAUGGGAUCAAUGGGAUAUCUGUAUGGAUCAAUGGGAUAUCUGUAUGGAUCAAUGGGAUCAAUGGGAUAUCUGUAUGGAUCCAUGGCAUAUCUGUAUGGAUCAAUGGGAUAUCUGUAUGGAUCAAUGGGAUAUCUGUAUGGAUCAAUGGGAUAUCUGUGUGGAUCCAUGGGAUAUCUGUGUGGAUCAAUGGGAUCAAUGGGAUAUCUGUAUGGAUCAAUGGGGUAUCUGUAUGGAUCAAUGGGAUAUCUGUGUGGAUCAAUGGGAUAUCUGUGUGGAUCAAUGGGAUAUCUGUAUGGAUCAAUGGGGUAUCUGUGUGGAUCAAUGGGAUAUCUGUGUGGAUCAAUGGGAUAUCUGUGUGGAUCAAUGGGAUAUCUGUAUGGAUCAAUGGGGUAUCUGUGUGGAUCAAUGGGAUAUCUGUGUGGAUCAAUGGGAUCAAUGGGAUAUCUGUGUGGAUCAAUGGGAUAUCUGUGUGGAUCAAUGGGAUAUCUGUAUGGAUCAAUGGGAUAUCUGUAUGGAUCCAUGGGAUAUCUGUGUGGAUCAAUGGGAUAUCUGUACAGAUCAAUGGGAUCAAUGGGAUAUCUGUGUGGAUCAAUGGGAUCAAUGGGAUAUCUGUAUGGAUCAAUGGGGCAGUUUUAUGGAUUGAUGUGAUCUCCUCCCACACAGGUUUUUCUAUGGAUAUUUGAGAUAUUCCUAAAGAUAUCUGAGACAUUCCCAUAGAUAUCUGAGAUUUUCCUAUGGAUAUCUGAGAUUUUCCUAUGGAUAUCUGAGAUAUCCCUAUGGAUA